CUCUCUCUCCUUUGCAGCCUCGCUCCAUAUAUAUAUAUAUAUUAUAUAUAUAUAUACACGCCGUGCGAAUGCCACCACCAUGCGCCGAGCCGCAGGAGCCGCACCGGGCCAUGUUCUUCCGCGUGCCGAGCCGCGCAGCCCGCCCGCGGCGGCGGAGGAUGGCGGUGGCGCGGCUCGGGGGGCGGCGGCGGCGAGGCGGCGGCGGCGUCGUCGGGAGGCUGCGGCUGCUGCUGCUGGGGGUUCUGCGGCGCCGGCUGCGGCUGCGGUGGCUGGCGGUGCAGUACCGGCGCGCCGUGCGGCGGCUGCGGGAGCACUACGCGGCGGCGAUGAGGGCGCUGAUCGCAGAGGCUGCGGCGUUAGAGGCUCCGACGGCGAAGGCGCCGACGUCGCAGAUCAUGCCCUACUCCUGCUUCGCCGCCGCGCCGCUCAUUCCCGCCUGCCACUCCUACUACUAUAUACGCUGACGCUGAUUGUAAGGGUCGCUACCAAGCCAUAUAGAGCUAUUGUGCUAUUAGGAACACAACAUUUAGUCUUUGUGAUCCUAAUUUUUUAACCAUUUAUCAAUUUUGAUAGAUGGUUAGGAUGAGAAAGAGAGAAUAAUUAAGAGAAAUUUAAAAGAGAAGAGAAAUUGAGAUAUUCAAUUUCUCUCCAAUUUAUCUUUGCUCUUUCACCCUAACUGAUCAUCAAAUUUGAUGGAUAAUUAGAAAGUUAGAAAUAAAAAAACUGUUGUACUCCUAAUAGAAUAGUAAUCAGCUAUAUAUAUAUAUAUAUAUAUAUAUU